AUGGACGCGGAGUACCAUCGACGCAAGAAGGCGUACUUCGAAGCCAAUGCGGACAAAGGCAUUUCCCCUACCUUGGUUCGGUAUCUCGACUGUCUUGAGCAAUACGCCACUGGGCAUGUCGUGUGGUGCUUGAACUCUUACCGCCAUAAUUUCCCUGGUGGAGAUGGGUAUCGCAGCUAUUUUGCAAAGCGAGUUGCAGAGGGAGCUAUCUUCUGGGAUAAUGCUGGGCAGUCGAAGAACAUCCUGACCGGGAUACCAGGUUCGGUAUUUCAAGAAAUAGCUGUUGGGGGAAUGGAUUUGGUCGAAUCUACUACUGCUCUUGACUAG